AUGCUGGUUCAGAAUGGUCGUGUCGUCAAAGAGAACUCGGGGCAUUUCUCAUCCCGGCCUGCGGAGAGUCCAGCACACUUCCCUCCCCAUCACCACGACAGCACAGCUCGACGACUCCAGAAAGCAUACAAAGCAUGGUAUAGUCCUGACAACAUGGGCGCCCGCCUCUCCCAACCUCGCGGCCCUGGGGGCACCACAGAGGCGUCUACCCCGGCCAAGGAGCCACCUCCACCCACACCCAAACGUCCAUUCCCUAGACAAAUCAACAGCCGUACCAUCGUCGCUCCCGUCGCCGCCUUCACCAUGGCCUGCAUCCUCUUCGUGUACGCCCGCACGAGCAUUCGCGCAGCCAAAGCAAACGCCCAGCGGCACCGCGAUGCUGAUAGUGGAGGGGAAGGUCUCUCACUGCUCCAAGAGCAUCGCCGCAGACACGGCACCCAGCAGCGUGUGGACCAAGGAGGCAGCACUGUCUCACAGUUGGCAACUGAAGCCCGAUCGCAAGUAUUUGGGAAGGAGGCAAAGGACGAAGGGGGCAAGAAGCGGUUUGGUGGAUCGAGCAGCGAAGAGGAAGAGAGACGGAGAGCGUUGAGGAAUGCAAGGGUCUCAAGGAAGGAUGCGUGA